GCGUGGAUGUGGAGUAUUGUCAGCCUACUAACAAAGCUUUCCACUAGAGAGCUAUUGACACGAAAAUCGAGAAUGUGGUAGUAGAAGCGAGGACGGUAGAAGACGGCAGGUUGAGUCACGGGCAUGCAUGUAUAAUGGCCAGAUCACGUCACGCGGGGCAAUGUCGCUCGGAUGAGGCAUGGUUGAGCAUGUCAGUGUCGCUCAGGAAUGGUGUAAUUGGGCGUAGUUGGGCAUGUCGCGUAGGGACCAGAGCUGGCCGGUUUGGCUGUUACUGGAGCUCUCCACUGACCAGAGUCUAUUCUCUCAAGGUUGUUCCGAAUGCUCUUUUUAUGCUUUGCGGUACUCUGUUUCGAGGUCCUGCGCUGAGAGGUUCAGAGGUGAGGGCUCGGGGGAUAGGCGGAUUGCGAAAGACGGAAUUGAGGUGUGUUCGGUAAGUGUUGAGCGUGAUGUAGUGAUCGGAGCUGUUGUCAGUAUGUGCAUGCUCUCAAGAGGUGGACACGGUGGGAGAUGCAGAGAAGAGGAGAAUAGAAAAGAUCAUGUUUCAACGUGUGGCAUUGACUCUUUUUUCGAGAGUCGGGACGGGCGUCGUUGGGGGUUGUGAUGGUAUUUUGGAGAAAAAGAAGAUGAUGCGACAAAA